UCAUGUGAUUCUCAUUCAAUUACCUCUUCCCUUCUUUUUCUUCUCUCUUUCUCAAAAAAGAUCACCGCUCUUUCUUCAAUUGAUUCACAUCUCUAUAAUCUCACAACCUCCAAAAGUCACACAUUAUCACUUUUCUUAUAAUGUCCCUUUAUACACUUUCUUACCAUAAUACUCUUACUUACUCCAUAGCUAACUUCUUAUCUUCUCCAUUACCUCAAAACCCUCAUGAAAGACCUCUCUUUCCUCUUCCUUAAGAACUUCAUGGGAUCGAAAAUGAGGCGAGGCUUUCGCAACGUUUGCAACGAUGAUAACUCCACUUCUACACUAAAUCAAAAACAACCCACCUCAGAAGCUCCAUCACAACAACCAUCUUCUUCUUAUUACAUGGAAAAUGACAUUACUAGUACACUCAACGCCGCGCCUCCUAGGAAGAGCGUAACCUUAGAAGAAAUGAUACUACAACUUGAGCUAGAGGAAGAAAUGGCAAGAAAAGAAAAGGCUGCAAUAAACAAACACACUGAAGAAAUGAAUUUCCAUCGUAGGAUGUCCUGUGUUAACAACUCUGACAUCUUACGAUCAGCAAGAAAUGCAUUGAAUCAGUACCCUCGAUUCUCCCUAGAUGGAAGAGAUGCGAUGUAUAGAUCUUCCUUUCGUAGACAUAAUCUUACCCCAAGUGCAUUUGAUGGGUUAAAACUAGGAAGAUUGUUGCACUUGCCACAUAGUGUAGGAGGUGAAAAUGUUAUAUGGUGUAAGCCAGGGGUGGUGCCGAAGUUAAUGGGACUAGAGGCUAUGCCUUUGCCUAUUAGCAGACUUUACAGUAGCAAGAAUAAUUGUAAUAAGGAAAGUAAGCAGAAGUUGUGCAAUGCUAUUAGAACUCAGAAUUUGAAAAGAAGAGAGAAAAAUGAGUUUGACAGACGACAACAGAUGAGUAGGCAUGCUAUGGAUUCGAAUGGCUGUUGUGGCCGCGGUGGUGGUGGUGUUGGUGGUGGACGUCAUUCGACUUCUUCAGUUGGGUAUGGUGUUAUGAACCCACUUGCUGUUGAACAUGUCAUAUGUGGUCUAGGAGGACCAAUAAGUGAUUUAAGAUCCUGAUGAACUUGGAAGAAGACCUUAUUAUUAGAGUAAUAGUGUAGGUAAGAAUAUAGUAUGUACUUUUACUAGUCUUAGGUCUGUAUUGUAAACACUAUAUUUAUGAAAUGUCAGGGUUAACCUAAUCAGGUUAACAUAAUUAUUCUCCACACUUGUA